ACGAACGGAUGCAAGAAAAAGAUCAUCCACAUCCACGCUCGGAAUUUCCUUUCUCUUUCUCCUCCUCCCCGAUCGUGUCCCGUUCCGGAGUUUCUCCGGUUAAUCCAGCUCGGCCCCGCCGGCCGGCCGCAGCCAAUGGACGCCGCCGUUGAGCUGGGGUUGGGAUUAGCAGAAGGGCGAAUGACUUUCAAUUUUACUGGAUUACAGAACAAAGAAGGAGAAGAGGGCUGCGAAAAGGACACUAGUACUCUUACUAGUGCUCCGGAGGGGAGAAAACAAGAGCAAGAGAAGAGAUACAAAUAUUCAGGUUGGGAUUACGUCUGCCCCCCCCAGACAAAAAGUGCGUUGAGCGACAUUUGUGCGUUUUUAACGAUGGAUUAAAAAAAAAAACGAUUCUGGGAUUGACAGCAAACGACCAGGCGGAUUUAAUCGCGAAUUAAGCGGCCAUGUCUCAAAUGAGGAAGCUGGCAUGUGAUGGCGUGCGGCCCACCUCCCGCUGCGAUCCGUCUGCCAGGCAGGAGAUCCUCACCAGCUUGGUGUCGGCCCUGGAUUCGGUGUGCAUGGCCAUGUCCAAGUUGAACGCCGAGGUGGCCUGUGUCACCGUCCACGAGGACAGCGUUAUCGCAGUUGGUACAGAAAAGGGCCGCAUUUUCCUCAACUCCAGGAGAGAAAUCCAGACUGAAUUCUACAAGUUUUGCCGGGCGCCCUCGUACCUGCCCGACGUGACCUCUGGCAAAGACCAGGAUGUGGAUCUGGGCAAGGCGGGAAAGGAAGGCGAGCGUGCGAAAACGGGCAGAGCGCCGCCGCCGCCGCCGCUGCCACCGCCGCAAACGGACGCGCAGUCCAACAUUUUUGUCCUGCGGAAAAUGGUGGACGAGGUCUUUAGCGUUCUCUACAGUGAAGCGGCUGGAAAGAGCACCCUAGUCCCCGUGCCUUAUGAGCGGCUCCAGAAGGAGCCAGCCGCUUGCCUUGCGGCCCACGGUCUCCCAGAGGGCGUCUCCUUGAGAAAGCCGUCAGAGUACGACUCCAAGACGCUCGUAAAAAUUCUCGAGCAAAGCCACAGGAUACGGUUCACCGUCACAAGGCCGGCGGAAGACUUGUCCAAGUCGGCGAGCGCAGAGCUGGGCCAUCAAAGCUCUUCCGGCAGCCCCGCGGCUCAGAGCGGCGCUGGCCCAGUCAAGACUACUGCCCAGGUAGUCACACCGCCAAGUCCCGCCACUUCCGCCAACUCUGUUCUCUCAAACGUCCUGUACGGCAUGCCCAUCUCCUCCAAACCCCACCCAGAUGGCACGGCGGACUUCAAAGCCACGUCGCUCCUCAGCCUGGCCAAGGACCGACUGGCCGACUGGACGGACAAGGGCACGUGUGGGAAGGCUGCCGCUAGCAACGAUGAAACGACAAAACUAGCCGGUGAGCAGGGUCAGACACCUGCGAGUGUCCACAUUUCCAAGAGGCUACUCUUCUCCAUCGUACACGAGAAAUCGGAAAAAUGGGACUCCUUCAUUCGGGAGACGGAGGAUAUUAACACGUUGAGGGAAUGUGUCCAGAUUCUGUUCAACAGCAGAUACGCCGAGGCCCUGGGUCUGGACCACAUGGUGCCGGUUCCGUACCGCAAGAUAGCGUGCGACCCGGGCGCGGUGGAGAUCCUGGGCAUCCCGGACCAGAUCCCCUUCAAGCGCCCGUGCACCUACGGGGUCCCCAAACUCAAACGCAUCCUGGACCAGCGCCACGCCAUCCGAUUUGCGGUCAGGCGGAUGUUUGAUGAAAAGAUUUUCACAGCCGCCGCCGCCGGCAAGAUGUCGAAGGAAGAAAGCAAGCAGGACGCGGGGUCCUCCGCCCCAGAAGACGAGAACCUGAGUCUCACGCCCGGCGCCGCAGAGCUGCCAGUCAAUCCUCACAGCGACUGGUCAGAGCGCGUUGCAUUGUUUUGGCAGGCAGGCAGGCAGGCAGCCAGGGCCAACAAACGACCCCUACCUAAUGAGCUGUCCCGUCCCGUCCCGUGUGUUGAAUUGCACAGGUCCACCAGCGUGUGCGCCAGUCCCCUGGCUGAGUGCGCAGCAGGUCCUUCGGUAGAUUGCCUCCCCAUUAAGAGGAUUAAAACGGAGCCUCCGGACGGGGACAUCAUUCAAGUUACGGUGCCGGCCGGCUCCAACGCCGAGGAGGCCGGCGAGCCCGAGCCCGCCUCCGCCCCCUCGUGUCGGGCCGCGUCUGAGCCCGGCCCCUGGUGUCGGGCCGCGUCCUCUCCCUCGGGCCCCCUCGCAGCCGCCCAAGUGUUGUCGCCCAACACGGCAGCGCUCAACCUCCGAAGACCCUCUGAAGCAGGCAGCCUGGUGGAGGACAUUGGUGAAAUGAUUCUUCAGCUGCGCAGACAGGUGGAGAACUUAUUCAGCAUCAAGUAUGCUGAAGCUUUGGGCCUCCCCGAGCCAGCCAAGGUGCCCUACUCCAAGUUCCAAACGUACCCCGAGGACCUGUUUGUGAGCGGGCUGCCCGAGGGCAUCGCCCUGCGGCGGCCCAACUGCUUCGGGGCGGCCAAGUUGCGCAAGAUCCUGGCCGCCGCCAACCGCAUCAAGUUUGUCAUCAAAACGCCCGAGCUGCUGAGCGAGCAAGUCAAGCAAGAGAUGCCUUCCGUCUGCGACUCGGAGCUGGAUGCGAAGGAAGUGACAGCGCAAACAGAGGACGCUACUGCGUUGUCCAAAAGACCCGCUUUCUCAGAGUGCCUGGAGUCCAAGCUGUCCAGGAUCGACCUGGCCAACACGCUGCGGGAGCAGGUCCAGGACCUGUUCAACAGAAAGUACGGCGAGGCGCUGGGCAUCAAGUACCCGGUGCAAGUGCCUUACAAGCGCAUCAAGAACAACCCGGACUCGGUCAUCAUCGAGGGACUCCCGCCCGGGAUCCCCUUCCGCAAGCCUUGCACCUUCGGCUCGCAGAACCUGGAGCGCAUCCUGGCUGUCGCUGACCAAAUUAACUUCACCAUCACCAGACCUUUCCAAGGACUCAUUCCAAAACCUGCACCUCGCCGGGUCACGUUACUCAAGAAGGCCUACGCUAGCAUAAAUGAUGACGACGAUGUCAACCGAGUUGGGGAGAAGGUGGUCCUCCGCGAGCAGGUCAAGGAGCUGUUUAACAAGAAAUACGGCGAGGCUCUGGGGCUUGACCGCGCCGUGGCCGUGCCGUACAAGCUGAUCCGCGGCAGCCCCGAGAGCGUGGAGGUGGAAGGCCUCCCCGAAGACGUGCCCUUCCGGAACCCGGGUACCUACGACGCCGCCUGCCUGGAGAGGAUCCUCCAUGCCAAAGACAAAAUCAGCUUCAGCGUCAAGAGCCAGCUACAGCCUUUCUCUGAACUGUGCAGUCAGCCUUGCAACACAGCAUUAGCGCCCCAAGCCUCGACCAGUCGGCGGAAGCGCAAGCGCGUCCAGGAGAGCCAGCGAGGCCCCGCCCCCUCCUCCGCAGAGCUUGCCCCAUCAGCCAAUCAGAUUCCAGUCAUGCAGUGGCCAAUGUACAUGGUGGACUACAGCGGAGUCAACAUGCAAGUACCAGGAAAAGUGAACUACUGAGGCCAGUCAAAGCCCACAAAUGGCGCGGUCAACAAUCUGCCAGCAUUGCUGUUGUUUGCUUUGCUAACUUGGCACUAAAAAGAAGUCACAUUAGCAUCCACGGCAUCAUUACUGACACUAUUAAGUCAUAUCGUAUACUAAUGUUUGUACCUUCUUUUUUUAUUUAUUCUAUUUAUUAAAGUGUAACACCGCCGCGUGCAGGGAUGCUAACUAAAACACUAACGCUUGGGGGCCUGUCUCAUACUCUGAGUUGAUACUUUGGAAUUAAAAAGCCGAAGGAGCAGUCUAACGGCUGGCACGCACGAGAAGCUUAAGUUAAGAUAGCCGUCCGUCUACAGCUUGACUCAAGGUGGCCACUUGCUGAUGAGCUGACCUAGCUAGCUACAUCUUCAUCCUGACUAACUAGCGCAACGCUAAUGCGGCCGUUUACAUCUUCUGGUCGUCAGCUAACGCUAUUACCGUCACUGUGACCGGCUGAUUAGAACGCAAAGCCAGCGCGGCAGUUGAUAGCUUCAACCUAGUUAAGGACCGUGUGACCCUUACCCAGCUAAGAUGCUGGUGGCUACUGAGCAAAAGAGACUAACUAGUUGUCCUUUGUUUUUCUUUCCAUUCUAUCCAGCGUAUGGACGCCCUGCCCUCUCAAGGGCUUUGAGAUGAACACAGCCUUUUGUACGUUAGCACGUUUAUGACAAGCCGUUUGAGCAUUUAUUCAAUAUCAAGUUUCAGGAUUUUUGUUUUAUUUUUUAUCCGCUACCUACCGUAUGACAUUUCUGCGCAUUAGGACAACUUUGACAUGAUACAAUUUGACGAGUUAACAUUAAGCUCUGUAUUAAGUAGCAUACAGACAUACUCGUGGUAAAGUCCAUGGACCUUCUGCUAGAUAUCAAGGAUAUGGAAUAAAUGCUCCGAGGGGCUUUUGCCUAUAUGUACCAUUAUUAUAUUAUGUGGUUAAAGCAAAGAGGUCAGUCUGAAUGUAUCAAGCAGGCAGGGAGGGGCCUACUGUCCCUGACCUAACAGUAAAGAAUGCUAUGACUAAUCCCCAUGUGAACCAACAUGCUGUACCUUAACGCCAAUUAGGCCUUUCCAAAUAAAUUGUGUUGCCUUGCA